GGAAGCUCAAGGGAAAGUAAAAAGGAGUGAUAGCCUACAAUGUAACACAAAUUGCUGAUGUCGCGCACCAGUACGAGAGUUUGUUAUCGCGUUGAUGGUACAUGUUGACAGCCCUUCCUCUCGAAGUCUGGUGCCUGCCAUCGCUGGAGCGCUGGGGGUUGCUUUUGCAUUUUGCGCACCAGACUUCUGUCAGUCAUUCAUACCCUCACCAGUCAUUCGCGCCAGUUGCUCUGUAGACCUUGCUAUGGAAAUUGUAACAGGGCGUUGCGCUUGUAUAAGGAAAGCUGUGCUCGAAGCAGACUUUGGUCGAAGUCGUGAGCCGGCGAAUGGGUUACAGUUUGAUGUUCUUGCCCCCCUGGCAACCCCCACACACCACUCGGAUGCGCCAGCAGCAGCGAUUUUCGCCGUGGAGCGUCAGCACAUUAGAGGUUCACUUGUGAACAUUUUCUCAAUAUUUCUUCCUCAAUCGACUGGCAAGCCAGUCGCAUCAAUGAAAAAAAAGUAGCCUGUCAGAUUGCCGUCAACGUCCUGCCUUCCAGCGCAACACGAAGUCGCAAACCAGUCAGCUGAAGAUCAUCGCCACGCGCGCCGAAGCACCCGUAUAAAGCCUC